CUUAACAUAUUAAUGCACGCGAACGUAUGUAAUACGCACAUAUACGUAUUUUUGUAUUAAGACAUUAUACAGUUUCAUUGGUAAAUAAGAAUUGCCACGCACAACAUUUGAUAAUGGAACACUUUUUAAUGACAAUUAGAAAGGGAUUUAUUACAGUGUGGUUAUCAUUCUGUUUUAUUGUAACAAUAAUGACUAUCAUAAUUUACUUCACUAUUGAUGAGCCUGAAUAUUCUAAACAUCAAAUCAUAGAAUCAAGACCACUUCGAUUUGAAACAUUAUUGAAUAAUAAUCAACUUGAUUUCAAAGCAACUUGGGUUUCAGAUGAUCAAAUAUUGACACGAGAUAAUAACGGAAAUAUUAUUUUAUUGGAUAUAAAUAAAUCUAUUAAAUCUAUUUUAGCAUUCAAUUCAAUGCAGCACAUGAAAUACUGUCAUAAAUACGAGCUUUCCGCUGACAAGAAAUAUCUAUUAAUAGCUUAUAACCUCAAUAAGACUUAUAGUUAUUUAUCGACUGCAACCUAUGACGUUAUCAACAUCAGAACUGGAAAACAAGUAACUCUUAGAGACACAAAACAUGAUCCAAGGGAAAUAAUGGUCGCCAAAUGGUCUCCUAACGAUUCAAGUCUCGCCAUUGUCGACAACUACAAUAUAUAUUAUAUCCCCACAGCUGCGAAACCAAACCAUGUUAAGCAAAUAACUUUCCACGGAUCCGAAAAUUUGUACAACGGUAUCCCUGAUUGGAUGUACACAGAAGAAAUCUUUGGAUCAAAUUCUGCAAUGUGGUUUUCUAAACGGGGAAAAAGUUUAGCCUACGCGACGUUUAACGAAGAAUUAGUACCAACGGUAUAUUUACCAACAUAUGGCAUACCAGAUACUAUGUACGACCAAUAUAGCAGAACGUUUAGUUAUCAUUAUCCAAAAGUUGAUGACCCCAAUCCAAUAGUCGAAUUAUUUGUACAAGUUCUAAAUAUAACAAAUGAGGACAUACCUAUACCAAUAAAACCAGUGAAACAAUACCCUAAUGAGACAAUAUUAUAUACAGUUGCAUGGUCAGAUGAUGAACAUUUGUAUGCAAUGUGGAUGAACAGAAUUCAAAAUGAAUGUCAUCUUGUACAUUACUAUAUUCAUAAUAAUACGGCUGAGGUCGUGGAAAUGAUGGAAUUUCGACAAGAAAACGGUUGGCUCAAUUUUCGACAGUCAUUCUUUAUUAACCCCGUUAAUCAGAUUGCAUUAAUAUACCCAAUAGAACAAGACGACGGUGAUAUGUACAGACAUGUUUGUGUGAUCUCAAAUGGCAAAGUAAUGCCAAUAACCACUGGUAAAUUUGAAGUUGAUAAACUCAUAAAAUGGGACUUCGAAUUGAAUUAUAUAUAUUAUUUAGCCAAUAUAGAGCAUAGUUCCGAAGUACAACACGUGUACAGAGUGCAUAUAGAUUUGGAACGACAGCCCGGCAAACCGGAGUGUUUGACAUGUAACACGGGAUGUACUUUCAGCAAAGCAGUGCUCAGUGAAAAUAAUACCUAUUACGCACAUAUAUGUACAGGACCAAACAUACCUUACGUGAACAUAGUGAAAACUAAUGAAAAUAGUAUUACUGUUUGGGAAACAAAUAAAAAACUGGCUAUAGAAUUAAAAAAUGUCGCUUUACCUCGCGUGACAUUUUUGAACGUGCCACUUAUUGAUGACUGUGAAGCUCGUGUCAAAUUGUUAAUUCCACCGACAGUUAAUAUUUCAUCGGAAAACAAAUAUCCUUUAUUAAUUUACACUUAUGGUGGUCCAACAUUAAAUGUAGCAUUGGACGAAUUCAAUAUAGAUUUGAAUAUGUAUUUAAGUGCAAACCACAAGAUUGUUGUGGCUUUAGUGGAUGGUCGUGGCACAGAACGAAGGGGUAGUAAUACAUUAUUUGCAAAUUAUAAACAAUUGGGUACAGUUGAAAUCUAUGACCAAAUGACUAUCGCAAAAUUUCUACAAACCGAGCUAUCGUUUAUUGACAAAAAUAAAGUCGGUAUUUGGGGAUGGAGUUUUGGUGGCUACAUAGCCGGUAUGGUUUUAGCUAAAGAUGUCGAGGAGAUAUUUAAAUGCGCAUUGUCCGUUGCACCUGUCACGGACUGGAUAUAUUAUGACUCAAUGUUCACCGAACGGCUUAUGGAUAUGUACAAGGGAAACGUUGAAAGUUAUCAAAAUGCUAGUUUGAUAACAAAAUCAGAUAAUUUACGUAACAAAAAAUAUAUGAUUAUUCAUGGAUUAGCUGACACUAAUGUUCAUUUUCAACACUCCGUAAUGUUAUCCAAAGAGCUACAACACAAAGCCAUAACAUUUCAACAGCAAUUUUAUCCAGACGAGUCUCAUCAACUUCUAAAUGUGAGAAAUCAUUUUUACCGUACAAUUAUUUUAUUUAUUUUAGAAUCUUUAAUAUAAAGUGUAAUUUGAUGUAUUAAUAUCCUUAAACGCUGUUAUAUUAUAAGAAAACAAUAUUAUUUAACUAUGUCCUAUGUACGUUUUUAAUUGUAUGGAGUAUCAAGAUUUUUUUAAAUUGUUAAUAAAAUUAUUCUAUUUUUAAAUUAAA